AGGUGCUUGAACUGGGAUUUAAUUUCUCAUCCUAUGGAUCACUGAAUGAGUAACAGAUGGCCUUGCCUCGUCUUACAGGCGCUCUACGCUCCUUUUCAAAUGUCACUAAACAUGAGGAUUACAGUGAAGAAGUAGCUGACUUAACGACUAAAAGAUCAAAACUACAUGAACAGUUACUUCAGUCUGAUCUUACUUGGAAGAAGAUAAUAAAGUUUGUUGAUGACAAUUUGGACAAAAAAGAACACCAAAUUGUAAAUGGUGAUUUAAAAACUAUAUUACAAGCUGCAAAACAAAUAGUUGGAGCUGAAAAUGGACAAGAAGCAGUUGAAAGCGGAGCUGUUUUUCUCUUUAAGACAUUUCACAGGAAAGAAUGUGUUGGCCAUGAUGAGACGAAGGCGAUCAAGCAGAUGUUUGGGCCAUUUCCAUCAUCAUCUGCUACUGCAGCUUGUAAUGCCACAUGUCGGAUUGCUUCUCACUUCACUGAAGAACAACUUACAGCCCUCAUACAGAUGGCUGAAGAGCAAAAUGGUGAUAACAGAGUGUUCUUUGGUAAAAAUAUAGUGUUUUCAUUUGACAUGCAUGAUUUGGAUCACUCUGAGGAGCUGCCUGUGAACGGUGAGGCUGACGCACAGAAAAUUAUAAGCUUAGAUUAUAACAAAUUUCUGAAUAACCAGCUGAAUCACUUACAGAAUUACUGUGAUGAGAAAUCUGAUCUCAAGUCUUUGGAAAAAGUAGAUGAUUCUUUUUUAUGGUGUGAAGUUGGAAAGUAUCUGAAUGAAUCUCAAGGGGGUACCCCUGGAGGGCCAACAACAGAAGACCUCUGCUGUACUUUGUACGAGAUGCUUGCUUCUGCCAAAAGUGGUGAUGAACUUCAAAAUGAGUUAUUUGAACUGCUAGGCCCUGAAGGCUUUGAACUCAUAGAGAAACUCCUACAGAACAGAUCUCUGAUUCUGGAAAGAUCUUUGACUUGUCCAAAUGAUAACAGGUUCCAGACUCUGCAAGAACAGUGCAAGAAGUUUAUAGGAGAAAAUGCUAAGCCCAAUUAUGGUUGUCAAGUUACAAUUCAGUCUGAACAAGAAAAGCUGUUAAUGAAACAGUAUCGUCGGGAAGAAAAGCGAAAUGCCAGAAAAGAAAAACAAGCUGGGGAAGAUGGAGAAGUUUCUGGAGAAGGACUAAUGUGCUUUGAUCCCAAAGAGCUGCGGAUGCAAAGAGAACUAGCACUUUUGAAUGCUCGAAGUAUGCCGAUCCUAGGUAAACAGAGAGAGGUGGAGUUUGAAAAAAUUCAUUAUCCUCAUGUUUAUGAUUCCCGAGCUGAAGCUAUGAAAACAUCAGCAUUCAUUGGGGGUGCAAAGGUGUUCUUACCAGAGGCAGUUCAGAGAGAAAACAAUAAAAUGUAUGAAGAGGUGAAGAUCCCCCAUAGUGAACCGAUGCCUAUUGGUAUUGAAGAGAAAAUUGUUUAUAUUAAAGACUUAGAUGAGAUUGGACAACUUGCUUUUAAAGGCAUGAAAAGACUGAACCGAAUCCAAUCUAUAGUUUUUGAGACUGCCUACAACACAAAUGAGAACAUGCUAAUCUGUGCCCCCACUGGAGCUGGGAAGACUAACAUUGCCAUGCUGACAGUCCUUCAUGAAAUUCGCCAGCAUGUCCAGCAUGGUGUUAUCAAAAAGGAUGAGUUUAAGAUUGUGUAUGUUGCUCCUAUGAAGGCUUUGGCAGCUGAAAUGACAAAUUACUUCAGCAAGCGUCUGGAACCACUAGGCAUUACUGUGAAAGAGUUGACUGGUGAUAUGCAACUGUCAAAAGGUGAAAUUCUGCGAACACAG